GUCGUCGUCGUCUUCUUCUUCAUCGCCCAGCGGAACCAGAAUGGCCCUUUAAUCGACUCUCUGCAGUUCACGCGAGAUUUGGCGGCAGGAUGAGUUGAGGGAACAUGGCGAAGUCUAAUUUGCUGAAGAACAAAGGCUCCCUCCAGUUUGAGGACAAAUGGGAUGUGAUGCGUCCCAUCGUGUUGAAGCUCCUGCGGCAGGAGUCAGUCACCAAACAGCAGUGGUUUGACCUCUUCUCCGACGUUCAUGCCGUUUGCCUGUGGGAUGAUAAAGGUCCAGCUAAAAUCCACCAGGCCCUGAAAGAGGACAUCUUAGACUUCAUCAAGCAAGCACAAACUCGGGUCUUGAGUCACCAGGAUGACACAGCCUUGCUGAAGGCCUACAUUGUGGAAUGGAGGAAGUUCUUCACGCAGUGUGACAUCUUGCCCAAACCGUUCUGCCAGCUGGAGACCACGCUGAUGGGGAAGCAGGGCAGUAACAAGAAGUCCAACAUGGAGGACAGCAUCGUCCGCAAGCUGAUGUUGGACACGUGGAACGAGUCCAUCUUCUCCAACAUUAAGAACCGGUUACAAGAUAGCGCCAUGAAGCUCGUACACGCCGAGCGGCUGGGCGAGGCCUUUGAUUCGCAGCUGGUCAUCGGAGUGCGAGAGUCCUACGUGAAUCUGUGCUCCAACCCUGAUGAUAAACUGCAAAUCUACAGAGACAACUUUGAGAAGGCCUACAUGGACUCCACCGAAAGGUUCUACAGAACUCAGGCACCGGCCUACCUCCAGCAAAACGGCGUCCAGAAUUACAUGAAAUAUGCAGAUUCUAAACUGAGGGAAGAGGAGAAACGUGCACUGCGAUACCUGGAGACCAGACGAGACUGUAACUCUGUCCAAGCAUUAAUGGAAUGUUGUGUCAGUGCGCUGGUAACGUCCUUCAAGGAGACCAUCUUAGCUGAGUGUCCAGGCAUGAUCAAACGAAAUGAGACAGAGAGUGAGUACGGCCGGACUGCGCCCACCAAAGGCUCAGCCAGCUCAGAGCUCCGUCUGAUGUUCUCUCUGAUGGACAAAGUACCCAGCGGGAUUGAGCCUAUGCUGAAGGACCUGGAGGAUCACAUCAUGAGCUCCGGUCUGGCUGAUAUGGUGGCGUCAGCGGAGACUAUCACGUCGGACUCUGAGAAAUACGUGGAGCAGCUGCUGACCUUGUUUAAUCGUUUCAGUAGGCUGGUAAAAGAAGCAUUUCAGGAUGACCCACGGUUCCUCACAGCCAGAGACAAAGCGUAUAAGGCUGUCGUCAAUGACGCCACUAUCUUUAAACUGGAGCUUCCCAUGAAGCAAAAGGGGGUUGGUUUGAAAACACAGCCGGAGUCCAAAUGUCCAGAGCUGCUGGCAAACUACUGCGACAUGCUGCUGAGGAAAACGCCACUGAGCAAGAAGCUGACGUCCGAAGAGCUCGAAGCCAAACUCAAAGAAGUUUUGUUGGUUCUAAAGUAUGUCCAGAACAAGGACGUGUUUAUGCGCUAUCACAAAGCCCACUUGACCCGUCGGCUCAUCCUGGACAUCUCAGCCGACAGCGAGAUAGAGGAGAACAUGGUGGAGUGGCUCAGGGAAGUAGGGAUGCCAGCUGACUAUGUGAACAAACUGGCACGGAUGUUUCAGGACAUCAAGGUGUCAGAAGACCUCAACCAGUCCUUCAAAGAAAUGCACAAACAUAACAAGCUUGCUUUACCAGCUGACUCGGUCAACAUAAAGAUCUUGAAUGCUGGAGCGUGGUCGAGGAGCAGUGAGAAGGUUUUUGUGUCACUUCCUACCGAACUGGAAGAUUUGAUACCAGAGGUAGAAGAUUUCUAUAAGAAGAACCACAGUGGCAGGAAACUUCACUGGCAUCACCUCAUGUCCAACGGCAUCAUAACCUUCAAGAACGAAGUUGGCCAGUAUGAUCUGGAGGUGACCACAUUCCAGCUGGCCGUGCUGUUCGCCUGGAACCAGAGACCCAGAGAGAGGAUCAGCUUUGAAAACCUCAAACUCGCCACUGAGCUGCCAGAUGCCGAGCUGCGACGGACACUUUGGUCUCUGGUGGCAUUUCCCAAACUGAAGCGGCAGGUGUUGUCAUAUGAGCCGCCGGUGGCGUCACCUAAAGACUUUGCUGAAGGAACGCUUUUCUACGUCAACCAGGAGUUUUCAUUGAUAAAAAACUCCAAAGUUCAGAAAAGGGGGAAGAUUAAUCUGAUUGGUCGGCUGCAGCUGACGACUGAGCGAAUGAGAGAGGAGGAGAAUGAGGGCAUCGUCCAGCUCAGGAUUCUAAGAACACAGGAGGCCAUAAUCCAGAUCAUGAAGAUGAGGAAGCACAUCAAUAACGCCCAGCUGCAGACAGAGCUGGUGGAAAUCCUAAAGAACAUGUUUUUACCGCAGAAGAAGAUGAUCAAAGAGCAGAUCGAGUGGUUGAUAGACCACAAAUACAUCAAGCGGGAUGAGACGGACAUAAACACUUUCAUCUACAUGGCGUAGCAUACUGUGCCUGGACUUCAAUGGAUCAGGAACCGUGGACACGUCCAGGCUCCCCCGUCCCCUAUUUUAGAAAAAGAUCUAAUCUUGUGCAGGGAGUCAAGAAUUAAAGACUUGUUUUAAAAAUAUAAGCGGAACUUCAAAAAACAAACAAAGGGAAAAAAGCUGCACAAAUGUGGGAGUUUGCACUGAGUGGUUCCAGGUGUUUUAAAGUCGGAGAGAAUCUAGAGACUGUUUUAUUGCUGACGGCGCUCGGAUCACAGCUGCAGCCUGUGAGAGGACCUCUCUGGACUUCCCAACACCGGCAGUCCACUUUGAAUCCACAACAGAACCGGAUCUUGUGAACAGAAUGUAGCACUGCGGCGACUCUGGACCAGCUGACGGGACUCUACAUUAACUUUAACCUGUACAAUCACGACAGUUCCCAGAACUGAAUCCAGGUGGUGAACAGAACCGACCCCCUCCCCCCAGAACCUGACAGCCCCCUGUGGGUGAGCAGUAGAACUGUACGUGGAUAAAUGUUAGCAUAUUGCUAUGAUUUUAAAUAAAGUUUUAUCCACCCGCUGAGGUGGAGGCAUCUGCAGGCAGCCUGUCAGGCGAGGCGGAGGGCAGUAUCUCCCAUAGUUUACUACAGGAGAGUAAACUGUGACAUGUGAAUAAUGAAAUAAACGGCACCUUAUUACGAA